AAUGUUACAGGAACUUAUACAGUAUACCGCUGCCCACGGUUAACCUGGAAACGCUAAUUCAGGGAACUCGUCAGCGGCACCGCAGGAAACUUGUGCAGCAAAAUCCUUUUGGAAGCAGGGGAGAAAAUCCCACGGAAUGAAGGAGAAACGCAAAUCAAACCUCGCGGAGACUCUCCUUGAAAGAUUACGGGAUGAAAAAUUAACUUGGCACAGUUGGGGGUGGGAAUGUGGACGCCUGCCCUGGAUGCCCCGUCUUCGGCCUCCGGACACUUUCCUUCCCCAAAGCCAUUUUAGUCAAAGGUCAUGUGUGAGUCUUGUCAAAGGCCAGCUUCCAAUGGAAUCAUUGUCCCCCGGGACAGCGGCCCCCUGACUACAUCUGCAUUGGAGAAAUCCCAAAAGCAAACGGCCCAGUGCAAACAAGAGCAGCCCGGGGCAGCCGUCCCGGGGCAGAGCUCACAGGUCCGCCGGGCCGCAGCAGAGGCCGCGUCCGCAGCGCCCGGGGCCCGACCAGGCGCCCAGACGCCCGCAGCAUGACCCGCCGCGCCGAUCGGGUAAUAUCCCUGUUCACUUUUGCUGUUGGAGUCAAUAUCUGCUUAGGAUUCACAGCAAAUCGAAUUAAGAGGGCAGAAGGCUGGGAUGAAGGGCCUCCUACAGUGUUAUCAGACUCCCCCUGGACCAACACCUCUGGAUCUUGUAAGGGCAGAUGCUUUGAACUUCAAGAGAUUGGACCCCCUGAUUGUCGUUGCGAUAACCUGUGUAAGAGCUACAGCAGUUGCUGCCAUGACUUUGAUGAGCUUUGUCUGAAGACAGCCGGCGGCUGGGAGUGUACGAAGGACAGAUGCGGAGAAGUCAGGAACGAAGACAAUGCUUGUCACUGCUCAGAAGACUGCUUGGCCAGGGGAGACUGCUGUACUAAUUACCAAGUGGUUUGCAAAGGAGAGUCACAUUGGGUCGAUGAUGACUGUGAGGAAAUAAAGGCCCCGGAAUGCCCCGCAGGGUUUGUUCGCCCUCCAUUAAUCAUCUUUUCUGUGGAUGGUUUCCGAGCAUCCUACAUGAAGAAAGGCAGCAAGGUCAUGCCUAACAUCGAAAAGCUAAGGUCCUGCGGCACACACUCUCCCUACAUGAGGCCCGUGUACCCAACAAAAACUUUCCCUAACUUAUACACUCUGGCCACUGGACUAUAUCCGGAAUCACAUGGAAUUGUUGGCAAUUCAAUGUAUGAUCCUGUAUUUGAUGCCACUUUCCAUCUGCGAGGGCGAGAGAAAUUUAAUCAUAGAUGGUGGGGAGGUCAACCGCUAUGGAUUACAGCCACCAAGCAAGGGGUGAAAGCUGGGACAUUCUUCUGGUCUGUAGUCAUCCCUCAUGAGCGGAGAAUCUUAACCAUACUGCAGUGGCUCACCCUGCCAGACGAUGAAAGGCCUUCAGUCUAUGCCUUCUAUUCGGAACAACCUGAUUUCUCUGGACACAAAUAUGGCCCUUUUGGCCCUGAGGAGAGUAGUUAUGGCUCACCUCUUACUCCGGCUAAGAGACCUAAGAGGAAGGUUACCCCUAAGAGGAGACAGGAAAGACCAGUUGCUCCUCCAAAGAAAAGAAGAAGAAAAUUACAUAGGAUGGAUCAUUAUGCUGCGGAAACUCGUCAGGACAAAAUGACGAAUCCUCUGAGGGAAAUUGACAAAACAGUGGGGCAAUUAAUGGAUGGACUGAAACAGCUGAAGCUGCAUCGCUGUGUCAAUGUCAUCUUUGUUGGAGACCAUGGAAUGGAAGAUGUCACCUGUGACAGAACGGAGUUCCUGAGCAAUUACCUGACUAACGUGGAUGACAUUACGUUAGUGCCUGGAACUCUAGGAAGAAUUCGGUCCAAAUUUAGCAAUAAUGCUAAAUAUGACCCUAAAGCCAUCAUUGCUAAUCUCACGUGUAAAAAACCAGAUCAGCACUUUAAGCCUUACAUGAAACAGCACCUUCCUAAACGCUUACACUAUGCCAACAACAGAAGAAUUGAGGACAUCCAUUUAUUGGUGGACCGCAGAUGGCAUGUCGCAAGGAAACCUUUGGAUGUGUAUAAGAAACCAUCAGGAAAAUGUUUUUUCCAGGGAGACCAUGGAUUUGAUAACAAAGUUAACAGCAUGCAGACUGUUUUUGUAGGUUAUGGCCCGACAUUUAAGUACAAGACUAAAGUGCCUCCAUUUGAAAACAUUGAGCUUUACAAUGUUAUGUGUGAUCUCCUGGGCUUGAAACCAGCUCCAAAUAAUGGGACCCAUGGAAGUUUGAAUCAUCUCCUGCGCACGAAUACCUUCAGGCCAACCAUGCCAGAGGAAGUUACCAGACCUAACUAUCCUGGGAUUAUGUACCUUCAGUCUGAUUUUGACCUGGGCUGUAACUGUGAUGAUAAGGUAGAGCCAAAGAACAAAUUGGAUGAACUCAACAAACGCCUUCAUAUAAAAGGGUCCACAGAAGCUGAAACCAGGAAAUUCAGAGGCAACAAAAAUGAAAACAAGGAAAACGUUAAUGGAAAUUUUGAACCUAGAAAAGAGCGACACCUCCUCUACGGACGGCCUGCAGUGCUUUAUCGGACUCGAUACGAUAUCUUGUAUCACACUGACUUUGAAAGCGGUUAUAGUGAAAUAUUCCUAAUGCCACUCUGGACGUCAUACACCGUUUCCAAACAGGCUGAGGUCUCUGGCAUCCCUGAGCACCUGACCAACUGCGUCCGGCCUGAUGUCCGUGUGUCUCCGAGUUUCAGUCAAAGCUGUUUGGCCUACAAAAAUGAUAAACAGAUGUCCUAUGGAUUCCUCUUCCCUCCUUAUCUGAGCUCUUCACCAGAAGCUAAAUAUGAUGCUUUUCUUGUAACCAAUAUGGUUCCAAUGUAUCCUGCUUUCAAACGAGUCUGGAAUUAUUUCCAAAGGGUAUUGGUGAAGAAAUAUGCUUCAGAGAGAAAUGGAGUUAAUGUGAUAAGUGGACCAAUUUUUGACUAUGACUAUGAUGGCUUACAUGACACACAGGACAAAAUCAAACAGUAUGUGGAGGGCAGUUCCAUUCCCGUACCAACUCAUUAUUACAGCAUCAUCACCAGCUGCCUGGAUUUCACCCAGCCUGCCGACAAGUGUGAUGGCCCCCUCUCUGUCUCCUCAUUCAUUCUCCCUCACAGACCAGACAAUGAGGAGAGCUGCAAUAGCUCAGAGGACGAGUCGAAAUGGGUCGAAGAACUCAUAAAGAUGCACACAGCUCGGGUGCGGGACAUUGAACAUCUCACCAGUCUGGAUUUCUUCCGAAAGACCAGUCGCAGCUAUCCAGAAAUUCUGACGCUAAAGACAUACCUGCAUACAUACGAGAGUGAGAUUUAAUGAUCUGACCAUCUGCAGCGCAGUCUUAUCAACUGGUGUAUAUUUUUAUAUUGUUUUUGUAUUUAUUAAUUUGAAAUGAGGACAUUAAAAAAAAUGUUAGUAUUUUAAUCCUGUACCAAAUCUGACAUAUUACGCUUGAAUGACUCCACUGUUUUCUCUCACGCUUGAUUUAGGUAGUCUUAUGUUCCGAGUAGAGCUUGUAAUAAAUACUGCAGCUUGCAUUUUUAGUGGAAGCUUCUAAAUGGUGCUGCAAAUUUGAUAUUUGCAUUGAGGAAAUAUUAAUUUUCCAGUGCACAGUUGCCACAUUUAGUCCUGUACUGUAUUGAAAUACUGAUUUUGUAAAGUUGCAUUCAUUUACUGUUAAUUAUGACAGACAUAUUUAAGCCUUUUAGACCAAUCUUAAAUAUAAUAAAUCACACAUUCAGUUUU